CGGCUCGCGGGUCGCCGUCCGGGCGCGCGCAGCCGGAGGGCGCGACUAUGCCAAGAUGGUCCUGCAGGCGCGGAGCAGGCACCGGGAGGCCGCCAAGCUGCCCCAGGCGCCGCCGCCGCAGCUGAGGGGGGCUCCGGACGCCGGCGCCGGGGAGCCGGGGCCGGGGCGCGCUCCGCCGUCUCCCGGGCGUAGGGGCGCUGCGGGCCGGAGGGGGCCCCGCACGGAGCCCGGCGCGUUGUCCGCGGGGGGCGGCCUUGGGGGACGCCUGGCGGCCGGGCUGCGCGGAGCGCUGGGCCUGCGGCGCGCGGGGCGCGGCCGGACCUGGAGCACGCUCGUGCUGGCUGCCUUGGCAGCCGUGUUGCACUGGUGUCAUAUAACACACCUCUUUGAAAAUGAUCGUCAUUUUUCUCACCUCUCAACACUGGAACGGGAGAUGGCUUUUCGCACUGAGAUGGGACUGUAUUAUUCCUACUUCAAGACUAUUGUGGAGGCGCCCUCCUUUCUGCAUGGGGUAUGGAUGGUUAUGAACGACAGACUCACUGAGUUUCCACUUGUCAUCAACACGUUGAAAAGGUUCAACCUUUACCCUGAGGUCAUCUUGGCCAGCUGGUACCGGAUUUAUACCAAAAUGAUGGACUUGAUUGGUAUUCAAACCAAGAUCUGUUGGACAGUCACCCGAGGAGAAGGCCUAAGUCCCAUCGAGAGCUGUGAAGGAUUGGGAGAUCCUGCUUGCUUUUAUGUUGCUGUAAUUUUUAUUUUAAAUGGACUAAUGAUGGCCUUAUUCUUCAUAUAUGGCACAUAUUUAAGUGGCAGCCGGUUAGGAGGCCUGGUUACUGUGUUGUGCUUCUUUUUCAAUCACGGAGAGUGCACCCGGGUCAUGUGGACUCCCCCUCUCCGCGAGAGCUUCUCCUACCCAUUCCUGGUUCUCCAGAUGUUGCUUGUGACUCAUAUUCUCAGGGCUACAAAGCUUUACCGAGGAAGCCUGAUUGCGCUCUGCAUUUCCAAUGUGUUCUUCAUGCUUCCAUGGCAGUUUGCUCAGUUUGUACUCCUUACUCAGAUUGCAUCCUUAUUUGCAGUUCAUGUCGUGGGGUACAUUGACGUAGGUAAAUUACGGAAGAUCGUUUAUAUACACAUGAUUUCUCUUGCACUUUGUUUUGUUUUGAUGUUUGGGAACUCAAUGCUAUUAACGUCUUACUAUGCUUCCUCCUUGGUAAUCAUUUGGGGAGUGCUGUCAGUAAAACCAUACCUUCUGAAAAUGAACAUGUCUGAACUUAGUUUAUGGGCCAUCCAGGGAUGUUUCUGGUUAUUUGGAACCAUCAUCCUCAAGUAUUUGACAUCUAGAGUUUUUGGCAUCACAGAUGAUGCUCAUAUUGGCAACCUGUUAACCUCGAAGUUCUUCAGUUACAAGGAUUUUGACACCUUACUGUACACCUGUGCGGCCGAGUUUGACUUCAUGGAGAAGGAGACUCCACUGAGGUAUACGAAGACAUUGUUGUUGCCAGUUGUCCUUGUGAUAUUCAUUGCAAUUGUUAGAAAGAUCAUUAUUGAUAUGUGGGGUGUGGUAGGCAAGGAGCAGCCCCAUACAAGGAAACACCUUCUUGAUCAUGGCGAGCUGGUUUAUCAUGCAUUGCAACUACUGGCAUAUACCGUCCUCGGUGUUCUGAUUAUGAGGCUGAAGCUCUUCCUGACGCCGCACAUGUGUGUUAUGGCGUCUUUGAUCUGCUCCCGCCAGCUGUUUGGCUGGCUCUUCUACAAAGUACAUCCGGGUGCUGUGGUUUUUGCUGUGUUAGCUGCUAUGUCUAUUCAAGGUUCAGCAAAUCUGCAAACCCAGUGGAACAUCGUGGGAGAGUUUAGCAACUUGCCUCAAGAAGAACUGAUAGAGUGGAUCAGAUACAGCACCAAACCAGAUGCAGUGUUUGCAGGUGCCAUGCCCACUAUGGCCAGCGUGAAGCUGUCUGCACUGCGACCAGUAGUGAAUCACCCACACUAUGAGGACGCAGGCUUGAGAGCCAGAACAAAAAUAGUGUACUCAAUGUAUAGUAGAAAAGCUGCUGAAGAGGUGAAGCAGGAGUUGAUAAAGUUAAAAGUGAAUUAUUACAUUCUAGAAGAAUCAUGGUGUGUCAGAAGAUCUAAGCCUGGUUGCAGCAUGCCUGAAAUCUGGGAUGUGGAAGAUCCUGGCAAUGCUGGGAAGACUCCGCUGUGCAGCGUCCUGGUGAAGGAGUCCAGGCCCCACUUCACCACGGUGUUUCAGAACAGUGUUUACAAAGUCCUGGAAGUUGUCAAGGAAUGACGGCAGCCCAGCCCAGCCCAGCUGCACAGAGCACAGCCGGGAUGCUACUAAGUCAUGUGUUCCUUUAACUCAGACCUCCCAGAGUUAAUGGUUUUCACAGAGAACAAAUUUCAUCUGGUCAGUGUGAAUGUCAUCUGACUGUAAAGGUGAUUGGAUCACCUCAGCUGGUUCUAUCUCCGUGCAGCCUUUAAGACUUGCUAUGCAAAUGAUCUGCGUGUGGGCUUGGCCGAUGUUUGUGCAGGAGCAGGCACAGACACAGAUAUUGUGUGUGGGCUGCUUCUGCAGCACGUGACCAUGGCUUCCCUUGUGCUGGCCCCCUCCUGCUCUGGCCUUGAGGUAUUUCGAUGAUUCUUGACAUGGCUACAGGUGACAGGGCGGGGGUGUGUGCCAUAUGGAAUUUCCUGCUUCUUUCCCUUCCUCCAGUCUUUGCUCUGUGCCACCCUCGGAAUGAAGCUUUCCUGCCCGUGACCAACCCAGCUCUUGGCCCUUGUGGAGAAGACCAGUUCUUUGGACAUCCAGUCAUGGGCCUUAUGGUCAAAUCCCCACCCACAGUCCACAUUUUUUUGUCAAAUAAGUGCUAUUUACCCAUUAAGAUGCUUAAAAGUACUUAUUCUCGGUUAAAAAAACAAACCAGUAAAUGUGUAUUUUUCUCAUUUUUAGUAUUCAAAUGUUUAUAUUUUAAUAACCUUUAAACCACUUUAAAUUUUUUUCAUGUUUAACUACAGUUUUAAGAAACUAUUUUGAACAACCUCAAAUAUAAUGCAUCUACGAACUAAUGUAUAUUUGAGUAGGCAUAAUUUACAGUAGACUGUAGCGUAUAGUAAUUUUUUUUGCUAUUAAGAUAUAAUAGAACAUGACUAAUUUUACUGCCAAAAAUAAAUGAAAGAUCAUAUUUGUUUUUCCAUUUACUUUCCAGACUAUCUGUCUUUAAUAAGACAAAGCCUUAAGCCUUUUGGGAUAAGUUUUGUUCAUAAAAACAUCAUUUUCUUAGGAGGAACUAGUAUAUCGAAUCUUCCCCCUUUAUUUUUUCUUACUGUUUUUAUUUUGGAUAUUUUCAAAAUCUCUUUGAAUUACUUGUUUGGAUUUUGUCUCUUAAAAAUUAGAUUGUAUCAAGUGAGAUUCUUCAAAAUGAGGAAGGUUUAUGGUUCUGAGCCUGGUUUCCAGGUUUUAAGUUCUAAGCAAACCAUGAUGGUAGCUGGCUUCACAUGAAUUCCAGUGUCUUUGUCAGCUGAUUCGCUUCUGUGAGACCCCCAUCCUCACUCCUGGGCCCAGAGCAGUGCUCUUCUCCCACUGCCUUCUUGUGACACCCAAGGCCCGGCCUGCGCCCGGCCUGCUCUGCCUGCGCUGAGAUGCAGCACAUGCCACUGAGGAGUGUGGCCUUGGGACAUGCCGUCCAUGUCUCCCCUGCCCCAAGCCAUCCCCUCCCAGGGAUCCCCCCCAUUCUGUGUUUCACAGGCUCCUGGUUGCUGCUCCUUCACAUUUGCUGAUGGUUUUGUUUCUGUGGCUUUGAUCAGUUUCAGGGUUCAGGGAUACUGCUGAGGGGUUGCAGAUUAAUCAGGAGCACCCUUUGAGCAGUCAUGUGGAGAAAACUGAGGAGUCACAAUGGGGGUGUGUGUGGGACGGAAGGCAUGAGUCACGUCCCCUUUGCUUCAAGUGGACACUGAAUACCCGGCGCAGGAUUUCCCCCUUGGUAUUAACAUUACCCUGUGUUCCCACCUUCUAACAGUUCCCUUCGUGCUAAGUUCACUUGUGAUGAUUGGAAAUGCUGUGUACAACAAAACACUCAAAUGCUGUUAUACCCAUUUCAUAUGUUGGGAAGCAUUAAAAAUAGACAUGUUCGUUUCUUCCCGAAUAACCCUCUUGUAACAGCCAGUCUUCCUUGCUGUGACUUCACCAGCAAGCUCUGGAUAUGUUUUUGGCAAGUUUAGAACACAGGCCUUGGGGUCCUCUGGCAUCAUCCUGGAGCACUCUACUACUCAGCCUGGAGCACUCUGCCACUCAGCCUGGAGUGCUUUGCUAUUCAGCCUGGAGUACUCUGGCAGCAAGCAGUGUGGUACAAUUACUUGGAUGACAACACAGUAGUAAUAGGUUCUGUGUACCUGACCAAGCAGUAUUAAAGCUCAGUAUUUUACAUACUUUUGCAUUUACAGUAUUUUUGCUUUAGAGGGAGAAGAGUAAGGAUGGCUGGGGGACCACUGAUGUCAUUGUUCUGCAUCUUCAAAGCAAAACUCUUUGUAGUGAGACAAGUCUAAAAACAUGGCUGGUGACACCGCAGCUCUCCUGAUGGCAGGAUGGAGGGAUGUAUUGGGAAUAGGAGGGUGAUUUUUAUGAAUUUUAUGCCACUUGUUUACAUGUACAAUAUAUGUUAAAUAAAAAAGAUCAUGAAAAAUG